AUGGCCCGGCUGGGCGCGCUGCUCCUGGCCACCGCCCUGGGCGCGCUGCUCAGCUUCGCGCUGCUGGCGGCCGCCCUGGCCAGCGACUAUUGGUACGUCCUGGAGGUGGCGGACGCCGGCAACAGCACCGGGCGCGCCGCGCGGCUGUCCUCGCACUCGGGGCUCUGGCGCGUCUGCGAAGGGCAAAACAGCUGCAUCCCCCUGAUCGAUCCCUUUACCAGUGAGAACCUGGAUGUCCCCACCUCAGUGCAGCACCUCAUCUCCCUGCACCGAGCUGUCAUGGUGACCCUGCCCCUGAGCCUCGUCCUUGUCGUGUGUGGCUGGAUCUGCGGCCUCUUGGGCUCCCUGGCGCGGAGCGUGGUCCUCCUCUUCUUCACCGGCUGCUACUUCUUGUUAGGAGGUGCCCUGACCCUGGUAGGGGUCAGCGUCUACAUCAGCUACUCCCACCUGGCCUUCGCCGAGACCGCCCGCCAGUACGGCCCCCGGCACGUGCAGGACGUCCGCGUCAGCUUUGGCUGGUCUCUAGCCCUGGCCUGGGGCUCCUGCGCCUCCGAGGCAAUCAGCGGCUUCCUCCUGCUCGCGGCAGCCCGAGCUCUCAGCCUCAGCCGGCAGCCGGGGCCUCCACUCUGUGGUCAUCUGAGUCCCAGAGGGGCAAGUGGCAGGGGCGAGGGACACAGUUUCCCUUUGCAUCUGCAGGCCUGGCUGGAGUUCUUGUUGGGAGGGGAACCUGUGGGGUGGGGGGCUGGGAGCAGAGCCAAGGAGCCAGGUUCCUGUUGCCUGGCAAAGCCGGAUGUUUCGGGGGUCCCCUGCCCAGUUUAUGCCCUUUAGGGACUAACUGGUGUGACUCCCUCUUGGGAAUGAGAAAAGGGAGUCCCAGAAAGAGUCAGCAAGUGACCCAAAGGAACGUUAACGAGGUCGGGGUGGGGGUGCUGCAGGUUCCCAGGGCUCAGCAGGUCCCCUUGCCUCUUGAGGACAUGGC